CGGAUGGAUGCUAUCCAGCACCCAUGGUCAAAUACUUGAGGAGCAUAAAAUAUGCAGUGCAUAACAGAGUUCAAAAACUCAAGAAAAACCAUGCCUAAGCGGGCUUUAGAGGGGCGGUCAACAAAAAGGAGGCGACCGGCAAAAGUACCACGAAAUGAUGACUUAAGUCUUCAAGCAGAACCAGUGUCUGAUGAACCAGUGUCUCGUGCAGAACCAGUGUCGAGUGAUGCUAUUAAUUACGACUUAUUAGCUGCAGCAAUCUUAAGACAAUCCCAAACUUUGUCCCAAAACCAGACAAAUUCGAGUGAUACCACCAUGGAUAUCCUGCAGCCAUGUGUUCAAAACCAGGGUGAUAUCGAAGCCCACGCCCAUCCAAUGGCAAGUCAGCAAACAACAACAUCAACAGUUAGUGACAACCAGCCUCAGCAAAAUAUUGCAGACUUAGUUAGUGCGUUAUUACAACAAGACGGUCAAGGUGAGCCAGCAACUGCCAAUCUUAAAAAUGUUAUUGAUUUAUCUGAUGGGAUUCCUCUUGGGGCUGCAACACCUCAUCGAUUAAAAGCUAAGAUCUGGGCAAAUCAAUUUAUUGAUUUAGGUUUGCUGUUGCAGCGUCGAGAGGAUCCUAUUUCGUUAAACAUAUCAUCUGGGUCCCUUAUUGUACAGCAAGGGUCAUCAAAGCCCAAAUUGCCAAUGUCAAUUCAGCAAUGGACUGAUGCUUUUUUGAUUUUUAUGGGAAUUUUUAUUGAAAAAUAUCCAGAACAGGCUCCCCAUCUCCUAAAGUACUGCUAUUUUAUUAGAGAAAUGAACAAAAUGUUAGGAGAUAAGGCCUGGAGAAUCUAUGAUGAGAAUUUUCGGAUGUUGAAAGAGACUGUUGAAUUACCGAGGCAAAAACCGGUUGAAGAGUUAAGAAUCAAGGCUGCUUCUAGCAAUUAUCAAUUUCAGCAGCCCUUUCGAGCAAACACAGGCAAUAAGCCUAUUAGAUUCUGCUAUGCCUUUAACAAUGGGGAACAAUGCACUCAUAACCCCUGCUCAUUUGCCCACAGGUGUCAAUCAUGCUCAGGAUCACAUGCAAGAGCCAAUUGUAGAUUUCGUAAACAAAAACCAACAAAUACCAACACUGUCACCAAGUCCUCAACAAUCACCCAGCCAACUACCUUCCCCAGUCAACCCAAAAAGUUUAGGUGAAUUUUUAGUUGAUUAUGACAGUGAUCAGGCUUCGUACUUGAUAAAUGGCUUUACUCAUGGUUUUAGAUUAGGUUGUACUUCUGCUCCUUCAUCCUGUGUACCUCAAAACCAUAAAUCCACAUUAGAUCACCCAGACAUUAUAGAAGAUUAUAUACAAACAGGGUUAAACAAAGGAAGAAUUGCAGGUCCAUUUUCAAACAAACCUUUUGAACAAUUUGUGGUAUCUCCAUUAGGUUUAGUGCCAAAAGGCAGUACAGGAAAAUUUAGGGUAAUUCAUGAUCUUUCAUUCCCUAAAAAUCAAUCAGUAAAUUCCAAUAUACCAAGAGAAAAUUCAGCUGUUCAGUACGAUUCCAUAGAUCAGGUGGUUGAUUUAGUUCAAAAGUUUGGGCGUGAAUGUUUAAUGGCGAAGACUGACAUUGAAGAUGCUUUCCGGAUCAUACCUAUUCAUCCAGCUGAUUACUACCUGCUAGGGUUUACUUGGGAAGGUCAAUACUAUUAUGACAAAUGUCUUCCUAUGGGAGCGAGUAGUAGCUGUCAAAUCUUUGAAUCAUUUAGUUCUGCUCUCCAAUGAGUCAUGGAAAAUGUCUUCAAUGCUUCGGGUAUGUCCCAUAUUUUAGAUGAUUUUUUCUUUGUGGGACCCCCAAAUUCAAUAACCUGUAGAAACGAUCUUGCUAGUUUUUUAUUUCUAUGUAAAAAAAUUGGGGUGCCAAUAAAAAUGGAAAAAACUCGGGCACCUACGACCAACAUUGUCAUUUAUGGUAUAGAAGUUGAUUCAGUGAAAAUGGAGUGUCGGCUUCCAGUAGAUAAGAUCCAAAAAAUAAAGGACAAACUUAACUUGUUCAAAAGGUGUAAAAAGGUCACUUUAAAAGAAAUGCAGUCAAUCAUAGGCCUUUUAAAUUUUGCUUGUUCUGUGGUUGUCCCAGGUCGAACAUUUCUUCGUCGUUUGAUCAACCUAACAUGUGGUUUGUCUAACCCAAAAUUCUACAUAAGAUUAAAUAAAGACUCAAGGGCUGAUUUAGAAACUUGGGCUACUUUUAUUGACCAUUUCAAUGGCAAGUCAGUUUUUCUGGAUAGAGUUUGGGUGUCAUCAGACCAUCUGAGUUUAUACACAGAUGCUUCUGGCUCAAUGGGAUUUUCAGCUGUUUUAGGGUCUGAUUGGUUUGCAAGGGAAUGGCCAUUGGAAUUAGAAGAUUAUCAAAUUUGUAUUAAAGAAUUGUUUCCAAUUGUCCUUGCAUUGGAAUUAUGGUCAUGCCAUUUUCAAAAUAAAAAGGUAUUAUUCUUAUCAGACAAUAUGGCUGUCGUUGAGGUUCUCAAUAAAAAAUCGUGUCGAGAUAAAGCUCUCAUGAAAUUGUUACGCCGUCUUGUUUUAGUGUCCUUACGUUUUAAUAUUCAUUUCCGUGCAAAGCAUAUACCUGGGAAGUUGAAUGUAACAGCUGACAGAUUAUCCCGUUUUAAAUUUCAGGAAGCUUUUCAAGAAACACCUCAUUUACACAGACAACAAACAAAAAUCCCAGUGGAUCUUCUUUACAUUUGACAAACUCUGCAAAAAGAAUUCUACAGGCUUCCUUAGCCCCUGCAACAAGGAAAGCAUAUCUACAUUCAUGGCAUAUUUUCCUUGAAUGGGUAGGCUCCAUAUCCUUACCUGUACAUUACAUUACAAUAUGUAAUUUUAUAGGUCAUUUAUUCGAAAUUGGUUAUUCACCAAGCUCAAUAGCAUCCCACAUUUCGGCUUUAACAUAUAUUCAUAAGAUGUUAAAAUUGCCAGAUCCCGCUCAGUGUUUCCUAGUACAAAAGCUGCUAAGAGGUUGUUACAAAUUAGGUCCAUCGGUAGAUACCCGUCUUCCAAUUACAGGUGAAAUUUUGAAAAAACUUGUGAAUUCACUAGAUCAAUCUGUCUCAACUAGGGCACAUUCAUUGUUACUUAAGGCAUUGUUUUUGAUGGCAUUUCAUGGUUUUUUCAGAUUAGGGGAAUUGGUUAUAAAAUCAAAGACUCAGUCAGAUAAGGUCAUUCAAAGAUCGGAUGUCCAUUUUGAGACAGCUCAUGGAAAGCUAAAGCAGGUGCAAGUGGUGUUGAAACAUUUUAAAACAGUCAGUUAUGGACAGCCAAAGAUUAUUACAUUAGAAGUAUCAAAAAACACUAAGUCAUGUCCAGUACAUGCAUUGUUUUACUAUUUAAAACAUUAUCGCCAUUCUGGUGGCCCCCUUUUCCAGUUUUUAGAUGGUUGUCCGGUGCCUUAUUCCUUUGUGGCAAAAAAGUUAAAUGAAGUGAUCAAAAAUAUUGGUUUGGAUCCAAAACAUUAUAAGGGUCACAGCUUCAGAAUUGGUGCUGCAACUCAUGCAUCUAAGGUUGGUUUCUCGGAAAAUGCGAUUCAGAAUAUGGGUAGAUGGAAGUCUGAUGCUGUUAAACGAAACAUUCGGUUGGGUUCAUUUAAUGUUGCACUUGACUAAGAAAAUUAAUCUAUAUCAUUCCUGGGUAUAAGUUGUUAUCAGCAAGAUAACGUUAUAUAACUAGUUCAGAUGAUGUCUGCUAUAGAUCUGCUCUGUUGUUUGCCUGUGAGUGAUUUUUAUUACUACCUCUUCAAAGUGGUAGGAUUGUUUGGAGUUCAGAUCAAGUCUGCUACCAUGAUUAUGAUAUAUACAACUUACAUUGAUAGUAGUUCAGAUCAGGUCUGCUACUAUGUCUGUCAUCUUGGAAUUAGAUCAUGGCAUUUACUUUUCCCCACUGCUUUCAUUGUUCUAGAUUAGAUAUGUUAGUGUACCCCCCCCCCUUUUUUUUUUGUUGCAUGUAGUUCAGAUAGAAUGUCUGCUACCACCCUGUCCUUAGAAUACAUUGUGUUUUGUUUUUUAGUAUUGUAUUUUAGUGUUUGUAUUAAUAGGGUAUGUUGCUGGCCAUCCGUCAAAAUCAGUUAAUCAUAUUUCAUAUAUAUUCUGUCAUAUCAAAAAUGUCAAUUAUUAUAAUUACAUCUUCAGAAGGCCAUACUUUUACACAUUGUUCUAAGUUUUACUAAAACAAUGUAUAAUAUAGUUAUCAAAGUCUCCUGUUCCAUCUAUUUCCUUGGGGUGGCGGGAAUCCAAUGGGUAUUGGAUUUAUGGCAGAACUUUGUAUAUGCCACCUUAAUUUUUUACAUGUUUAUAUUAAGGGAGAUCACCCUGCCAUUGUUGUUUACUAUUUUUGGUUAUAUUUUACCGGGUGAUCUCAAUAUUUGUUCAGGUGUUUUUUAACUAAUAAGGGAGAUCCCACAGUACUUGUUACAUAAGUCAUUUUAAUAAGUUUAAGUAUUGACUUUGUCAGGGAUCUCCCUGUUUGUGAUGUGGUUUAUUUGUACAAGUUUUUGAUUCGUCAUUAAUAAAUGACAUUAUUUCGUCAAUGACCAUUUAGUUGUUUUUUAAGGUAAAAAAUUAACAAGCUGCAGUUCAUAGAUGGAACGAAAGAUUUAAGUCUAUUAAUGGAAUAAGCUUUAUUGGUAACUGUUAAGAUCAAUGCAUGGGCAUAAUGAAAUAUUAUUGCCAAAUAAUAUGUUUUAUGUCAUCAUUGUAUCGUGAAUUCUAUUUUUAGAAAUUCUAAUUUAAGUUCCGGUUUUUAUUGGUUAUUUUUAGCUAAUUUGUCCAUCAUGUAUCUAUUUAUAAAUGCCUGUGCUUGUACCUUGUCAUUAGCCAAUGAAAUGAGAGUAUUUCGAUCACGUGUAUAUAACUUCUGUUUUAAACUCAAGUGUGAGAAAGACGUGUUUCCGUAAUCUAAGAUAUUGAUCGCUUUGUAAAGUUUAACCCACCACCAUCCCCAUCUAACCGUCCAAAUAAUUUUAUAAUUUACAACAGUCAUAAUAGCUUGUGCCAAUAUCAGAAAUCCAUUCUAAUGUUUACAUUGUGUGCAUCAUGGUUUUAUUAGAUUUAUGGCAGAACUUUGUAUAUGCCACCUUAAUUUUUUACAUGUUUAUAUUAAGGGAGAUCACCCUGCCAUUGUUGUUUACUAUUUUUGGUUAUAUUUUACCGGGUGAUCUCAAUAUUUGUUCAGGUGUUUUUUAACUAAUAAGGGAAAUCCCACAGUACCUGUUACAUAAGUCAUUUUAAUAAGUUUAAGUAUUGACUUUGUCAGGGAUCUCCCUGUUUGUGAUGUGGUUUAUUUGUACAAGUUUUUGAUUCGUCAUUAAUAAAUGACAUUAUUUCGUCAA